GCGAGGUGCGCCUGGCUGGGCGCCUGCCUGUAACCUCUUAGUCACCGAGCGAGUCGCGACGCGAGCGAACGUGCCGGUUAUAUUUUUGUUCGUCGCGUAGUGAUAGUGACGUGGUGACGCCAACAACGAGACAAUGCAACAAGAUCUAAUUGCGGCGGUUUCCAAAAGGGAACCUCUAUGGAACUCGAAAAAUAAAUACCACAAGAACGUACCUAUACUGAAAAAGAUGUGGAAAGAAGUUGCUCAAGAAGUAAACAAAGAUGAAAAGGUCGUCCGUACGAAAUGGAAAAAUCUGCGAACAUAUUUUUAUCGGGAAAUUCGGAGGGAACAACGAAAAACGAGAGAGGAUGGAGACAGCGACUGCACUCCAACGUGGCAGUUUUAUACACAAAUGAUGUUCUUGAAGGAGGAAAUAUUGGAAUCGCAAAGAGGUGCAAAUGCUGAUAUCGAAUUCUUAACUUGUAACAGCAAUGAAUUCGCAGAAUCUCCAGCCUCAGUUAAGUUGGAAAAUAUUUCUCGGUCAGCCAGCCGAGCGUCGUCAGUCGAAAGUGAGUCCAUGCAUGAAGAUAUAAAACAAGAGAUAACAUCCGAUAAUGAUCACAGUGAUGAGGAAAGAAAGCCUCCAUUAUUAGAAACAGAGACUCCUAAGGAUAAGGACGAUGAUCUGCUUUUUUUUGAAAGCCUAUUGCCGUACAUGAAGAAGAUACCUCUUAGAAACAAACUUAGAUUACGUUCGGUUAUACAAGACGCAAUCUUACAGCAACUGCCAAUGGAAAAUGAUGAGAACACUUCGUCAACUUAGAGCAAGUUCGUCGCCGUGCGGUCGUCGACACGUCAAAGAUGGUUCUGCCUGAACCGACGUCAACUACAUCACAUUACCUAUCCUG